AAUUUUGAAAGUAGCGCGAAAUUCAAAAUUCUUUAUAAAAAUGAAAGUUGAACCAGCAACAACAAAUUCUGAUGAAAUGGCCGAUGCUUCUGGGUCUGGAUUCGAUUCUUCGGAUGAUGACACAGGAGAAGUUGAUUUGUCACCACUGGAAAUAUCUUGGUUAGACCUGACAUGUUAUGGAUUUGAAACUCCAUUGGGCGUCACAUCACUACCUGGUUGUCGCUUCAAAGAUGUAUGGAGAUCUCUUCAAAAUGACAUAAAGUGUCUGCUGUCUGAGGGGGUACAAGAUGUGGUUUGUCUGUGCAGUAAGGGUGAGCUCAGUAAAUACCGCGUCCAAUGGCUACUUCAUGAGAUGACUGGUGCAGGUCUCACCGUCCAUCAUUUCCCCUUCCCUGACGGACAGCCACCCACUACUGGUCAGCUGAUGAAGAUAUUGGAGGAACUCAAGAUUAUACUCAACAAUAAGAAAAAGCCCAUUAUACAUUGCUAUGGAGGAUUGGGGAGAUCUUGUGUGGUUGCUGCCUGCUUCUUGAUGGCUCUAGAUUCUGAGAUGACCCCUGAGAAAGCAAUAGAAAAAAUGAAAGAACUGAGAGGGCCAAGAGCUGUUCAAACUGUUAAGCAAUUUAACUACAUCAAUGAGUUUCGGCAAACCUUGGCAGACUUCCAGGAAGAAAACACAGAGGUCAAGGAGAGGUCACUGUCAAGAUGAAACCACCCAACAAUGACUUCUUAAAAUGAUCUGAUUUUCUGUCCAUGUUUUAAUGAAAUUUUAUGACUUAUACCCAGAGAAAAAUCUCUGGAGAUAAUGUAGUGAUAUUCUGUCAUUGGGUAAUGGUGCCUCAGUUUGCACACAAACCUACAAACCAACCAUUCUAAAAAGAUUUAUUUAUAUACACAUGUAUAAGUUAUUUGAAUCUUCUUUUUAUGUUAACUGGAUAUACAUGUACUUGUAUGAAGUUGGAAUAACUUGAUAUAACAUAAAAAUUGUUAUGAGAA